GCUCUUCUUCUUCUUCUUCUUCUUCUUCUUCUUCUUCUUCUUCAACUUCUAGCAUUCAGUGCAUACCCUCUCUUUGUCUUCUCAAGGAAAGAUGAGCAGACCAGGAGAUUGGAACUGUAGGUCAUGCCAGCACCUAAACUUCCAGAGGAGAGAUUCAUGUCACCGAUGUGGGGAGCCGAAACAUGGAGAGAGAGGUGACUAUGGAAGUUUUGGUGGGAGAGGUGGUUCACCAUUUGGAUUUACUGGCCCUGAUGUGAGGCCGGGUGAUUGGUAUUGUGCUGUUGGCAACUGUGGUGCCCAUAACUUUGCCAGUCGCUCGAGCUGCUUCAAAUGCGGCAUGUUUAAGGAGGAAUCGUCAGGUGGCUUCGAUGGUGAUUUGUCCCGUGCAAGAGGUUAUGGGUUUGGCGGAGGUGGCAGUGGCAACAAUCGCUCUGGAUGGAAAUCCGGUGAUUGGAUUUGCACUAGGUCAGGAUGCAACGAGCACAACUUUGCUAGUCGAAUGGAAUGUUUCAAAUGCAAUGCACCGAGGGACUCUGGUAGUAUGUCCUCAUAUGCAUCAUAAAAUGUCCAAUUUUUGCCAAGGUACUUGAGUCCGAAGGAGAGAAUUAUAUGGAAGGCCAUUCAACUUGAUUUGCCAAGUUGAUCUGUUUUGCUCCUACCCUAUUCCUAUUGUUUUUAUUUUUAUUUUUAAUAUUUAUCUUCUUCCUCUUGUCUCCUAUAGAGAGCUUUUAAUAUGAAUUAUGGAUGAAAAUUCUUGUUCAAGUAGGGGUUCAAUCUUUCAUUUUGUGAGCUUUCUUUGAUUAUCAAAUAUAGCCAUGUAGUAGUUCUUCUGUUGUCUGUCUAUUAUCAGCUUGUGUGUUCUGAGAGGGUUUCUUUCUAGUAUAUUAUUGUUAUUAUUUGGCACAAAAAAGUGUUCCCAAACAAGACUUAUGAAAGCUCCUCCGAUUAUAUUAUUGCA